AUGCAAAAUGUACAAGACAACUCUCAAAUAUCCGUUUGGUUUCCCCUUAUUCGGGCAACCGCAAUGGGUUGGAUUCCCCUUUCGCAAUCUCCGCUUCCCAAAAUGCCUAACGCCAUGGAUUCUCAUGGAGUUACGCCAUAUCAUGACGAAAAGAUGGUUAUCAAUGUGUCGGGAAUAAAAUACGAAAUAUACAAAUCGUGUGUGGAACGGUUUCCUAACACUUUGCUGGGUUCAUGUGAACGUGAAUAUUUCUAUGAUGAAGAGACACAAGAAUAUUAUUUUGACCGGGAUCCCGGAAUUUUUCGUUAUAUUGUUGAAUAUUACCGCCAUGGAUUCCUACACUUUCCCCGGAGUGAAUGCUUUUUGGCCUACGAAAAGGAACUUAUUUUUUUCCGAAUAUCUACGGAUUUGAUGGGCGAAUGCUGUUACGAAAAUUACCAAGACUGUCGACGUGAACAUACGGAGCGUCUCAUUGAAGCUCAAGGACCAAAAGAUCAAAGGGCAGCAAAACCUUUAUAUUUUCGACAAAAACUUUGGGCCUCCUUUGAGAAUCCUGAUGACUCCACGGCAUCAUUAGUAUUGUAUUAUGUUACGGGAUUUUUCAUUGCAGUCUCUGUUCUUGCAAACAUCAUUGAAACCAUUCCUUGUCCCUCAAGAACACCUGAUGCUUUGAAAAAAUCGUGCGGUGAAGAAUACUCGUGGGCAUUCUUCUGUAUAGAUACAACCUGUGUGCUGAUAUUUACUGUCGAAUACUGUGCUCGCUUGUAUUCCGCACCGAACAGAUGGAUAUUUUUUCGCUCAGUAAUGAGUUUAAUCGACCUUGUUGCAAUUCUUCCAUUUUAUAUCAGCCUUCUCCUUCCACAUAAUAAGGUAAGACAGUUGAAACUUAUGUGA